AUGUUGAGGCGAAAGGGGUUUGGCGAGGGUUUGGCGUCCAGCCCCUCUCUCGAACCUGCUAAGACUGCUUGCUGGGGCUUGUUCGACAGCUACGCAGUGACUUCUGUCCCAACAAGCCUACCCCUGCGCUGUUCCACGUCCUCUCGACGCCCCACACCGCCUCGUCCUCGACACUGUCCGGUACACGCGGUUCGACCUAGAUUGGGAGGGAUGGACAUCUCAGUGGACUCGUCAGCGAGUGGAACGCCGAACCCGCGGCCGGAUCAUCAAGCCAAGAAGCCGAAGAAGCCGCCAGCGUGCGACAGGUGCAAGGCGAAACGCGUUCUGUGCCAUCCGAAUCCCGCUGGCUGCCCCCGCUGCGUCGAGAAAGGCAUCGAAUGCACCACCACGCCCGUCGUCCGACGCAAACCGCAGCGCAAACCUAAAAACUCGCUCGUCUCGGCGGACUCGAACGAAGAAACGUCGCCGACUGCGGCACCUUCUGCGCCAGCACCAGAUGCCGUCUUACCCAUCCCGCCAACAUCUGCGACUACGAGCGGUUUUCAGCUCGGCGGCGAUGCCUCUUUCGCCCCGGUCGCCUCGACUUCGCAAGUCCCCUACACGCGUCCAGCUCUCGCAAUCACCGGCGAAGAGACGCUGUCCUUCCAGCCCUCCGUACUCGCAGAGCAGCUCUCACUCUACCUCCAAGGUCUCGUCGAUCGCACGGCAUGGGUCGACCAAACCCUUGAGCCGGCGCUCGUCGAGCAUCUUUACGAUUGCUUCCGACAAGGCGGCCACUACGACCACCCUCUUCUUCGCGGCUCCUCGCUUGAUCUGAAUCUCCCACGAGUCGGCUGGCAACUCUGGCUCCUCUCGCCCGAACAGUGCAUCCUCGCCUACGCCGUACUCGCCAUCGGCGCAACACUCUCCUUUUCACCCGCCAUUAUCGGUACCUCAGCCAAGGCGGAUCCGACGUCGUUUGAAGCGGUUGACGAGUUGGGCGAGGACUUGCGCGAGUUUGGGAAGCGGAGGAAGGCGGCGUGCGAGGCUUUGACGAAGCUGGCGCUGGAGAAGGCCAAGGAGGGCGAAGUCAUGUUGCACCCCUCGCUCGACAAUGCCGCGACAUGCUACGUCCUCGAUUCGCUCGUCAAUAUUGACGACGGCGAAAAGCGAACCUCUCGACCCUGGCUCUCCGCUUACAUGACCCACCUGCGCGCCAUCAUCGACAAGGGCGAGAUCGAGUCUCCUUCGCUCACGAGUCCGCACCUCUGGGCUCUCCACCUUUCGGCCGACCUCUUCACCGAAGUUCACUCUGGCCAUCUCACGUCGACCUUGCAGGACCAGCUCCUCCUGACAGGCCCGAGUCCUGUCUCUGACAAGGAGGUUGUGGAGAUCUAUAAAAGGGUUAUGGCGGAAAAGGGGCAAUGGCCGAACAUCACGCCAUUCGCGAUGUACUACAUCAACUCCGCUCGCAACAUCGUCGAAGGCCUCCUCGGCCCAUACGCCCGACGGCAAGCCCUCGACAACGACGCCAUCUCCUCGGGCCUCUCCGCCCUCUCGCGCCUCCGAUCCCUCGCGCUCCUCCACUUCCAAGCCUGCGAGCCCCUCAUCAACUACAGCUCCAAGCCGAGCCUGUUCCCGCAUGCCAAGAACCGCAAGAAUCGCUGGACGCCUGAACUCGCCGCGCGAGGCUUGCGGAAUUGGGCGGCCUUCACCUGGACCGGCCUGGUCCCGCCUAUAUACCGCGAGCUUGGGAGGCGCAUGCAGGAGAUGCAGGAGAGCCUGCAGCGCGGCAAGGCGAGCUUGACGGACAUCGAGACGAGGCAGGCGUACGAGCGCCUCGAGAUGUCGUUCAGGCAGGUUAGGGACCUCGUGCCCGAUGCCGUCGAGACAGUUCUGGACGCGGUCGAGCGUGCGCCGCAGUAUGUGCUGCUCGUGACGACAAGGCGGUUCCCGCUCACGGGCCUUAUUGAGAUCCUCGCCGACGGGGUCCAGCAGGGGACGGUGCACGCUUACGAGCGUGCCGUCUCGCUACUGGAGAGGUCCGCCUCGGCGCUCAAGAAAGCCGGCUACGCCUUCUCGACCCCUCAACUCGAUGCCCUCAUCCAUCGCCUCGAGUCGCACGCCCUCAACCUCCGCCUUGCCAUGCCGCCGCCCCUACCAGUCAGUCAAGGCACCGCUCCCGCCGGCUUUCCCGACCCCUUCGCGUUCGCCUACUUGAGCGAAGUCAGUCCGGCUGCGGGGGCGAGCGGCAUGACGACGCCUGUUCUGCCUGCCGCGAUGACGACGAUCUCGCCAGAUGGAGCUGUCGCCGCCAACGCGCUCGACACUGCGGGAACGACAUUGCGACUCGAAGAUCUCCUUCGCUCGCCGACGUCCGAUGCCGGUGCCCUUCCGACACCCGUCGCUCCAACGGGCGCGCAAGAGCUCGCAGGCGUCGCUUUUGGAGCCGGUGGCUUUGCAGAGGGGAGCAGCGGAAGUCCGGACGAGGGUUUUGGGUCGGGAGUCCGGCUGGACUUGGGCGCGACGGAUCUUGGAGACGAGAUAUUCGCUGCUUGGGGAGUGUGGUAG